AUGGAGGCAAAAUCUUUGUUAGCUAUGGAAGCAGUUCAACACACACUUUUAUGGAACAGAAGGAUAAUAUAUAAUAUUAGCGUCUUUACUGGUUCACAGUUCAAGUAUCCAACUCCUGGUGCUCCAGCUCUGGCGGAGCGAGUGCAAGAGCUUCUAAAAACCUCCGGAAUCAAGAAUGUGAGCAUAGAUAAGAAACGAGGGCUUGAUCACGGUGCAUGGGUGCCUCUAAAGCUCAUGUACCCUGAAGCUAACAUUCCUAUAUGUCAGCUCUCUAUCCAAAUGACCAAGGAUGCGGCGUACCACUACAACAUGGGACGAGCAUUGGCUCCUCUUAAGGAGGAAGGUGUUCUCAUCAUUGGUUCUGGAAGCGCCACGCAUAACUUGAGGGAUUUCGAAUGGGAUGCUAAAGAUCAAGAAGUUGCUCCAUGGGCCGGCGAGUUUGAUAAAUGGCUUGAGGAAGCUUUGAUCAGUGGAAGACAUGAAGAUGUGAAUAACUACUUACAAAAAGCGCCUAAUGCAAGAAAGGCACAUCCAAUACCUGAUCAUUUCUACCCAUUGCAUGUAGCCUUGGGUGCUGCCGGAGAAACUACGAAAGCGGAGCUCAUACACCGCAGCUGGAGCCUCGGUACCCUUUCGUUUGCCUCCUACAAGUUUACCACCACCCCGGCCGCCCUCAACUAAGUCUGAUUCUCCUCAAUGUGUAUUACACUAUUAAUUACUCAAUAUAUUGUCACAUUUCAUUUUGAAAUGUACUAUAGUAUGGUUCUUGUUUCAUUUAUGUUACAUCGGUACAAAUUUGUCUUUCUAUUGUACAAUAAUUUGCAAGGUUGGAUAAUUGUUAUCAUCGGAUCGGAGCUUUAGUGUGAACAAAACUUAAUUAUGUGAGUUACAUGCUGUAAAAAUAUAAAAUUAUCAAAUACAAUUUGAGCAACUGUGCAUUGUAAUUGUGUAU